AUGGCUUUUUUCGGCGUUCCUGUCGUGGCGGUCCUGCUUCUUGGCCUGGCCGCGGCGGCGUCGGCACAGCUGUCGGCAACGUUCUACGACGCAUCCUGCCCGAGCGCGCUCGCGACGAUCAAGAGCGGCGUUGAGGCAAGGCGAGGCUACGACAACAACAGGCGUGACGGCGGCGGUGAGCAAGGAGCCCCGUAUGGGGGCCUCCCUGUUGAGGCUUCACUUCCACGACUGCUUCGUCCAAACGCGUUCCCCAACGUCAACUCCAUCAGGGGACUCGACGUCAUCGACGGGAUCAAGGCGCAGGUCGAGGCCAUCUGCGCACAGACCGUCUCCUGUGCCGACAUCCUCGCCGUCGCCGCCCGGGACUCCAUCGUCGCCCUAGGAGGGGCGUCGUAUACGGUUCCGUUGGGGAGAAGGGACUCCACCAGCGCGAGCCUCUCAGAGGCAAACAGGGACCUCCCUCCGCCAACCUCCGACCUCGCUGAUCUCGUCGGCAACUUCUCCAGGAAAGGGCUCAGCGUAACCGACAUGGUUGCACUGUCAGGAGCCCACACGAUCGGGCAGGCGGCAUGCACCAACUUCAGGAGCCGGGUCUACGGCGAGACCAACAUCAACGCGGCGUACGCGGCGUCGCUACAGGGUAACUGCCCGCAGUCCGGCGGCGACGGUAACCUCACACCGCUCGAAGUGUCCACCCCAAAUGCCUUGAACAACGCCUACUACGGCAACCUGGUCUCGCAGCGCGGCCUCCUCCACUCCGACCAGCAGCUCCUCAACGGCGGCUCCACCGACGCUCUCGUUCGCACCUACGCGUCCAGCGCCGCGCAGUUCAGCGCCGACUUCUCCUCGGCCAUGGUGAACAUGGGCAACAUAGGCGUGCUCACGGGCGCGCAGGGGCAGGUUAGGCUAAACUGCGCCAAGGUGAACUGAGCGAAAUAAGCCCCCAGAGCCUGUUUCCCCUAUAAAACAACGAAUGAAAGAAGCAUGGGCCAUCGGCAGUUGCAAAGCUGGGCCUCCAGGGUCGGUAACUUUGCCGGAGUCCACUAAGAUAUCGCAUUUCUUGGAAUUUCUUGAAGGAAUUUAUUCUCUUUUUAUUGCGGGGAGUUGAAGGGAUUUAUUCAUUUCCCUUCUGGUUUAUAUAUCACGUAUGGUAUGGUUGUGCUUACUAGCAGAAAUUUACCAAUCCAUAUUUCCUGUAGAAAUCUAAAUGGGUUGCUUAUAAUGCUUAUGAGGAACUCCUGUAUGAAAUGUUUUUUUUUGCGGGGGCUUGUAUCUCUACUCCUAUAAAAGACAUGAUGGUGUGUCUGCCAUCUAUCAUUUUUUACCAUUAGAUCUGCAUCUAACGACUGUGAGGUAAUUUUUGCCCUUUUUGCAAUAAUAGCCCACUUCUCUGCUCUAAUUUACAGAAAACCCCUUAGUAUCUUGAAACCAACCACAUCCCUCCCUCACCUCAUCAAAACAGA